CUCUACAAGGACGUCAUGAUGGACAAUCAGCCGCCCCUCACAUCACCGGAUGGAUCCAGUCAUGGGAACCCACCAGAGAGAUGUCCCCGUCCUCUGUAUUCCCGGGAUUCCACACAGGAAGGUCACACCAUCCUCACCAUCACAUCAUCAGAGUGGAAACCUGAGAGAUCCUAAAGUUGAGGUUAAAGAAGAGAUAAAAGAGGAGGAGGAUGAGGAUGGGGGGAUGGAGGAGUCAGAGCUUCUAAAAGACACCAUGGUGGAGUCAUCCAGCUACAGGAACCCACCAGAGAGAUGUCCCCGUCCUCUGUAUUCCCGGGAUUCCACACAGGAAGGUCACACCAUCCCUCACCAUCAUCAGAGUGGAAUCCUCGGGGAUGAUAAUAUUGAUGUUAAAGAAGAGUAUAAAGAGGAGGAUGAGAGUAUGGAGUGAUGGAGGAGUUUUUCAGAAGGAACAAGGAUAUGAUGGAGCCACCUAAUACCAGGAACCCCAGAGAGAUGUGUCCCCGUCCUCUGUAUUCCCGGGAUUCCACACAGGAAGGUCACACCAUCCCUCACCAUUACAAGAGUGAAGAUCCAAUCGAUAUAGAAUUUGAGGUGAAAGCAGAAGAAGAAGAGGCGUAUGUGAGGGAUGAUCAGCAGUCUAUGGAGGAGGAUGGAAUAACGGGGACAUUUAUAGAGGAGGACACUCCUACAGAGAUCAGCACAGG